CUAAAUAUAAAUAAAAUUGAAAACAAUUAAAUGGUAAUGCCGAAUACAUAAGUUCUAAUAGGUGUUUUUUCGUUUAGUUGGUGUUUUGUUUUUGUACAAUGUAAUCGUUUAAAGAGCAGUUGUUUUGUCCAUAUAGGUUUUAGGUUGCAUUUUUAAUGUUUGAAGAUAAGAGCACCAAGAUGUAGCGGACCCUCAUUUUGAAUCAAUUAGUGAUGGAUCUCUGACGUCACAGGAGUCUUAUAAGGAUUGUGAAUAUAGUUUACCACUACAACAUUAUGCUUAUAAAGAUAGCAACGUGCUUCCCAAUUCAAGUUAUUGUAGGCAGGAAGAUAUUCAGCUUUUGAACAAUAACACCAUUUCUCACCCAAUGCCUCCUCUCCAGUAUCAAACAACUUGGUACCCAAUGAAUAGUAAUAGACCAUACAGCUCUAGCUCUGGUGCAUCCAUGGCCGUAGACCUAAACUCUCUACCGUCUACUCAAAGUGAUAAUGUGAAUAAUAUCAGAGCAUCAGGAAGCAAAAGAGCAAGAACGCAGUACUCAUCUUUGCAGUUGGUGGAACUGGAAAAAGAAUUCCAGACAAGCAAAUACUUGUGUCGCCCCAAGCGUAUAAACUUGGCACAGACACUAAACCUUACCGAAAAGCAAAUAAAAGUUUGGUUCCAAAACAGACGUAUGAAGUUUAAAAAGGAAAGUAAGAGCAAAAGUCAUGGAAAUGGACAAAGUAGCAACAGAUCACAAUCUCCUAAUCAGAGCGGUGGAUCAGAUAAUGAGAGCUGCUUAAGAAUAAACGUUGAGCGACCGACAAUUACGAAGAGGUUAAUGACUCAUUCAGUAUUAAGUCAAGGAUCUGAGUACUCUCUACCGAUGGGACUAGGCGGAUCAGUUUUUAGCAGUUCAAUUUCCAGCCAAUGGACUCCUCGUCAAGGUUUUCAACCUCCAACCUACUCUAGUAAUCCCUCUGGACCCUUAUCUAUGCCAGCUGCUUAUCCACUAACUGCCUAUGGCUCAAUUUCACCAUUUUCUCAGGUAGAACCUUCCUAUUCUUCUGAAAAUAUGCCAGAUGUUUUCAACCAAUAUGCUGGAUUUUCUGAACAUCAAUCUCAAUCCAUUUCAUGGAACCAAAAUAGUUUUAAUAAUUCUUUACCCAGUAGCGAACCAUCUGGACUACUUCCAUUAUAAGGUAUUACUUAACGACUUUGUAAAUAACUGUAUAAACUUUGGGUCAGUGCAAUAAUGAUGAUUAUAAAUUAUAAUUAUUAAUUGUAUUUAAUAGUAAUAACUGAACAAAUAUGUUUUCAUAUGCUAAUAAUUUUAAGCAAAAACUGUAAAACUUUAAAAAUAUCGGAAAAACUUUUGGACAUUUUUCAGUGCAAACUGCUUAUCUGUUUAUUUAUCCAAUAUGCUGCAUUGUCUGAGCAUCAAUCUUAAGAUGUUCAAUGGAAUCAAAAAAUGCU